AUGGCUUGUCAGCAGCGUGCCCCGCUGGCAUCCCCACUGGUGCUGGAGGUGAGACGCCCCGCGCAUCCACUCCAAUUCCAGCGUGCUGUGCAGGUCCUCGCACGCCGUAUUCGCGCGAAGAGGCACAUCUGCAGCAGUCCCAGCGGCGGUUGCCCCCAGCCAGGCGGCUGGGCUCGCGGUUGCUUGGGCCUCGUGGCAGUAAUGCCGGCACCGCCCCGGGAAUCCUUCGAUGCACUUCGGGGCAGGGCUCAGCUGGACAUGCGCGGCGUCGACCGCCUCGCAGCGGCGUGCGCCGCGGGGAGUGGAGGAGCCGCUGGCCUCGAGAAUUGA